CUUUUAGUACAUUCUCAAUUAAACUUUAAUUAUUUAUCUAUUCAACACAAUAAAACCGCCAUAAUAAUUCGUUUAUACAGCACAUAUCAGCCGGAACCUUCAAUCUCUCAACCAAGAUGCCGGUCCGGCGCUCUUUCGCCGCGCACCAUACAUCAUUGGCUCCUAACAAGCCGGACCGUGUUGAACUUUUGUCCGCACACUGUUCACGGUGAGCGGCGUCUGCGUCCCUACUGCUGUUGAACCCGGCUCGUCAUGUCGGACACAUGGAGCAACAUCCAGGCGCACAAGAAGCAGCUGGACUCUCUGCGGGAGAGGCUGCAGCGGCGGCGGAAGGACCCCGCACAGCUGUCCGCAGACGGUGGAAGCAGCACGGAGGCUUCCACAGCCAGGAGUGACAGCCCGGCUCCAUCAGCACCGGCGCCCCCUCAGGAAGAGUCGGAAAAACCACCAGACCCAGAACUAGAGAAGAGGCUGCUGGGAUAUCUCUCCGAUCUGAGUCUUUCUUUGCCAACGGACUCCCUUGCCAUCACAAAUGAACUCAACAGUUCUGAAACAGCCGUCAGUCAUGGAUGCAUCCAGAGUCUGCUGCUAAAAUUCUCCGCUCAGGAGCUCAUCGAAGUCCGGCAGCCCAGUUCCGCCUCCUCCUCUUCCACUUCCUCCCCCUCAGUCGUGGUAGCAGUGGACCACACGAAACUAUGGGCCAUGAUCGGGUCGGGCGGUGGAGCCCAACGGCCCGGAGUCAAGAGAAAAGCAGAAGAUCAAACCCACCACAAAAGAGCUCCGGGGUUCUCGCCCUCGCUUCAGAGUGCUGCCUCUCCUCCCCACACCUCCUUCACCUCUCUGACGCCGGCUUCACACACAGCACUGCCACAGCUGGCGGGGCCUUCGGCGUCCGGGAGCGGGGCUGACAAGAAAGGCAGGAGCAGCAAAGGCCAGUCAUCCCACAUGGACAUGGAGAUAGAGAGCCUCCUGAACCAACAGUCCACGAAAGAGCAGCAGAGCAAGAAGGUGAGCAGGGAGAUUCUGGAGCUGCUUAACGCCAGCACAGCCAAGGAGCAGUCCAUCGUGGAAAAGUUCCGGUCCCGCGGUCGAGCUCAGGUCCAAGAGUUCUGCGACCACGGGACCAAAGAGGAGUGUGUGCGCUCCGGGGACACACCCCAGCCUUGCACUAAGCUACAUUUCCGUCGCAUUAUCAACAAGCACACGGACGAGAGCCUCGGCGACUGCUCCUUCCUCAACACGUGUUUCCACAUGGACACCUGCAAGUACGUCCACUAUGAGAUCGACAGCCCUCCGGAGGCAGAGGGGAGCAUGCUCGGGCCGCAGGCUGGGACUACAGAGCUCGGCCUCUGUCAAGGGGACGCAGACAGCAACGUGGGCAAACUCUUCCCCUCACAGUGGAUCUGCUGUGAUAUCCGCUACUUGGACGUGUCCAUCCUGGGUAAAUUUGCUGUGGUGAUGGCUGACCCUCCGUGGGACAUCCACAUGGAGCUACCCUACGGCACGCUGACUGACGAUGAGAUGAGAAAGCUCAACAUCCCCAUUCUGCAAGAUGACGGCUUCCUCUUCCUCUGGGUCACCGGCAGGGCUAUGGAGCUCGGCAGAGAGUGUCUCAGUCUUUGGGGCUACGAGCGUGUCGAUGAAAUCAUUUGGGUGAAAACCAACCAGCUCCAGAGAAUCAUCCGCACAGGAAGGACAGGCCAUUGGCUGAACCACGGGAAGGAGCACUGUCUGGUGGGUGUGAAGGGAAACCCUCAGGGGUUCAACAGAGGUCUGGACUGCGACGUCAUUGUGGCCGAGGUCCGCUCCACCAGUCACAAACCGGAUGAGAUCUACGGCAUGAUAGAGCGACUGUCGCCCGGCACCAGAAAGAUCGAGCUUUUCGGUCGACCCCACAACGUCCAACCCAACUGGGUAACUCUUGGAAACCAGCUGGAUGGAAUUCAUCUCUUGGAUCCUGAGGUUGUGGCUCGAUUUAAGAAGCGCUAUCCUGACGGCGUCAUCUCCAAACCCAAAAACAUGCAGUGAUGACUUUAUCAGUGAUCACAGGUUUGGAGAAGUUUGUCUAUAGACUGUUUUUUUUUUUUUUUUUUUUAUACCAGUGAACUUAUUUCUUAAAUAAAUGUUGUCAACAAGAUACAUCUGUCUGUGUCUUGGUUAAGGAAUGAUUGAAACUAUGUGAAGAGAUAAUGUGAAUUACUUUUGCAGCAAUGUUAUCUGUACAUGACUGUAUGUGACCCCCGCCCCCACCAUAUAUAAGCAAGCAAAACAUCACAUUCACCACCAAUAAAAAAACAAAACACAAGAGACAUUUUUAAUUUAACGUUUUUGUUAUUUUGUUAGUAAAGAAUAAUGUUAGUUUGUAAUGUAGUUUUGAAUAGCUGAUCAUUUUUGCAAUAAAAAAAAGGACAAAAGUUUCCAAUUUCA